CAGAAACUGCUGCCCGGCGCAGUAGGAAGUGAUGAGGGGCAAAUUUUUGUCUCCUUGUGUUAUCCGCGGAACGGUCUCAGUUCUGAAUUGGAUACUUUCAGCUGGGUGGCAGAAGAGGUGCUAUAAUUGACCUCGGCGUCCUUUGUUGGGACUCCUGCUGGAGGUUUACAUCUUUACAUGUGCAAAUCCCCUCACUCUGCAUAUGCAGCAAACGCUAUGCUACAGAGAUCACCUGUAACUCCCUACACUUGCUUUGAUGAAAGUGGAUCAUGCCAUGCAAGUAUUAAUUUCAUCCCUGAUGGCAUGUUGAAGUGUAUGGAGCAGCUGGAGCUGAGAGGAAGCUUGACUGGAAGGGGACUGCUCUAGAGCCGCAGUUAAGAAACAUGGGCCAGUGUGUCACCAAGUGCAAAAACCCCCCUUCCUCUCUGGGUAGCAAAACUGGAGACAAAGAAUCAGGUAGCAAAUCGCAUGGUAAGAAAAGUGCCGUCCCCAGUGAAGAAAUUAACACAAUGUGUGGAAAAGCCUCUGGAGACAUACUUGUCAACGGAACAAAAAAAACGGAUCUUGUAUUGGAAUCAACUCAGCCACAACUCGCUCACUCUGGAGACAGUAAAAAGGAUGAAUCUGUUGUAAUUCUCAACGAGUUCUCGCUUAAGAGAGCUGAAGAAUUCUUUAGCAGGUACAAAGACGCACACGAAGAUGCUAUACUAGAAGAGGGCAUGGAAUCGUUUUGCAACGACCUCUCUGUGGAUCCGACGGAAUUCAUAGUGUUAAUAUUAGCUUGGAAGUUUCAAGCGGCCACCAUGUGCAAGUUUACCAGGAAAGAAUUUGUGGAGGGAUGUAAAGCAUUAAAUGCAGACAGUAUUGAAGGAAUCCGCGCCAGAUUCCCAAGCCUUAUGAAUGAAGCCAAAGUUGAGGACAAGUUCAAAGAUUUGUAUCGGUUUACGUUUCAGUUUGGCUUAGACUCUGAGGAAGGUCAGCGAUCACUACGAAGAGAAAUAGCUGUUGCUCUUUGGAAACUCGUGUUCACACAGAACAUACCUUCAAUAUUGGACCAGUGGCUGAUCUUUCUAAGUGAUAAUCCAUCUGGAGUAAAGGGAGUCUCUCGAGAUACAUGGAACAUGUUCUUAAAUUUUACUCAGGCGAUAGGCCCUGAUCUUAGCAACUACAGUGAGGAUGAGGCUUGGCCGAGUCUGUUUGACACUUUUGUAGAGUGGGAAAUGGAACGAAGAAGAAGAGAAGGGUUGGCUGACCAGACACCGCAUAUACAUAAAGAAUCUGCAAAUGUGGAAAUGUUAGGACUGAUUGCAACAGACUACGAGUCAUAGAUAAUGAGUAGUGAGCAAUAACUCUGAAUAUGACAGCAGAUGUAGUUUUCUGCUCAUCACCACCCUCAAUUGCCUUGUUGCUGAAAGGGCUCCAAGAUGCUGUAAUAAAUUUUAGGCACUUUUUAAGCAAUUGGGUAAAUACCUUUUUAAAUGCUUGUUCAUGAAGUAUGCAGUAAUUCACUCGAUGCCCUAGUAAAAAAAAAGCAGCAUUGGUUUCAGCCUUUGAAUACUACCAAUAUGAAGUAGUCUCAAUUAUUACAAAGAUUGUCUGCUUAUGAAAUACGGUGUUGCUCAGUUCUUUGGUUUAAAAGAUGAAUGGUGGCCAGAGAUCGCUUUGGCAAGUAUAGGGAGCUCUUCGUUUCUGUGCUGCAGCAAGCAGUGCAAAUGGUUUGUAUAGAAAUGUAAUAACAGUAUUAAGCAUUUACCAGUUUACUGAUAAGGAAUUAAAAGAAACGUUGCUCUUAUUGCGAUAUUGAAAAUGUAAGGCUUUUGUCAGUUGUUCAAGUGGCUCUGCAGUCUAACAUUGCUGGCAGUUGUAUAAGCACUCUACUGUAUAUCUAUACAGGGUUUGCAGUACAUACACAGUUGAAAUUGGGCUCAUCUCUGCGGUGUUUCUUUUGUGUGUGCACCAAUGAACAUGUAGGUUGUUCUGAGUUGUUCCAAUAAAGUCAUGGUGAUCAGGAUCUCUGUUCAAAAAUGGCAGUUUUUCAGGUCAUUGAGUCUGUGAUGCAUUGUUAUAAUUUAGACUUCAUUACUGGUGCAUAAUAAUUCAUGAUUACAUCCACCACUACAGGUUUUAAAAAACAAAUGUGCAUUUUAUGUCCACUGGACUUGCAACAUGAAUGCUAGAAUGGAAGGUCUUGCCUCCAUUCCUGGCAUUAAGUCUACGCCUUAGCAUCUCUCUGGAGGGAACACCAUAACUACCUUGAUGUUGCUGUAGACCAUGGUGGCUCACAAAGCUCAUUGCACUAUUUUCAGAGUCUUGGCACAGGUUUAAAACCAAGAGUAUUUAAGAAGCAAUAGGCAGCAGGGCUUAAAGGAAUGGGAUCAGUUCUGCAAAUACUGUUUUGCCUUAACUAAAGUCAAUUAAUUUUUUUUCCUUCAAUUUAAUAUUGAACUACAGCUUUCUUUUAUCUGAUGAUGGUUGCCAUUCUUUCAGUGUCCAUUGUCCAUUCGAUGGUUUGUCUUUCAAAGUUUAAAAAUGUCCGCUUUUCUGUAUAAAUUCAUUUAUUCCGAGCGAUGUGUAAAGUCUACUUGUACCCUUACAUGAUAUCACUUACAUUUGCAGUUUUGCAACAUAUUUGUUGAAUGUGUUCAUCUGUUGGGUGUAUCUUUUUGAUCUUUACAAAUGCUUUGAAUGAAAGGUUUCUAACUUAAAUUGGUAAUUUUUUUCAAAUUAAAUUUAAUUCUGGUCUUGGCUGAACUGCCAUUUUGAUCGUGGAUUAUAAAUUCAUUCUUACCGUUUACAAAGAGAAUCAGCAUCUCUGAUUUUCUGUAGCAGGAAUACUAAAUUCUUAAAACUCAUGGUCUGUCCAUUUAGCUUGAGCUACGUGUAUAUUUUAUAGAAUACGUUUUUUGGUGCUUUUGACUUCUGGGCUGCACUUUGUAGUCUCUGGGGUUGUGAAUCUUUGGUUUAUUUAGAAUGAAAGGUCUCAACUAUUUUCUGUACUUCUGAAAUUUACUGUCUCACUUUAAAUCACUUAGGUAACUUACUAAAAACUUUUUGCUACACUGUGUUUCUACAAACAGUUUGGUUACCAUUGACUGUACAUUUUAUGUAUUCAGAUAUUGUACAAAUGAAUUUAUUUAAAGUUGAAAUGCUUUGUAUGUUUUAUGUACUGAUUAUUUUCCAAUUAAAAUGGGUCUUGCAGCCUGAGCAGUAACUUUA